UAUAAACAUGUUUAUUUAUUCAAUACCAUCGAUCAUACUAUGAAUAUAUUUGUAAAUUAGUUUAAAUUCUUUGAUAAUCCAUCAUAUAUUUAAAGUCAUCAAGAAUUAUUAGGUGGGAAAUGAGUAGAGAAAAUAAAUAAAAUUCAAGGAAAUGAGACUCCCUAAGUUGGGAUCCACGGGUGCGUGUGAAAAAGCGAGUAAUGUUAGUUCACUUUGCUUUUGUUUGGAGAACGGUGUAGAAGAGAACAAGGUCAUCUAGGUGUAAUGGUUGUGUAGUUGUCAGUGUUAAAGGAUUGAGGGACUAACCGGUGCUACAGUUAUUUCGUCUGUAAACUGUAGUUAUAUUUCAUCAAAUAUAAUCAAAUAUUCAGCAAGUCAUUUCAUAUUUUCCAAUAUUUAUUAUUUACAAAUUCAAAAUCUAUGGUGCAAAAAAAUAAACUUUAAAUUUCCUUGAGUACUGGUGUGAUUGAUGACGCUUUUUAGUUAUGAUCUCUACAUUUAUUUUAUGCUUAAUUUAACAAAUAAAAUAAUUAAAAGUGUUAAAAAAAAUGUUUCAAUGGUGAGAUAAACUGCAAUUAAUUUCAAGGAAUUAUUAUAAUUAACCAGGUGAAAUGAUAGUUGGUAUUAAGAGCAAUAACACAUAGACCACAAGUGUAUGACGUAACUAGCGUUAUGAUAAACGAUUUGCCGUAAGCGUCCCAGCUUAACAUCAGAUAAAAACGAGGCAAAAUAAGUAUUACUAUCAGAUAUUAAACCAAUAACAGUCUAUUGAUAAACGGUUUAGUUAGGUCUCAUAUAGCUGAUACGACACUGUGGCAAAAAUGAAGAUGGAGGCUGAUCAUAGGAGGGAACAGUUGAAGAAGGCUACCGAUAGGAUUCAACGAGAGAUCGAGGAGGUCACUGAGCGAGAGCACGAGCUUAGAAACGUUGGAAGUAUCAAAACUAUAUCUCACGAAACUGUUGACUCGAAGGUACGUCGCAUGCCACAGGCAUUGAUAUCGGGAAAGUUAAAAAGAACUACAUCGACACCUCAAAUUUUGGAGCCAUCAGUAACAUCAUCACCUUCUGCACCGAAUCUUACACCCAAGAUGACCAACGGAGUAAUAUCAGCACGUACAACACCCACUCCUUUGAGAUUUGCUACUAAUCCGAGUCAAAAAGGAUUGAUGCAUAGGUUUCUAGCAACUCGAGGAAAAAUUUUUAACAAAAAUCAAUCACCUUCAGCUGCAGAUUGUUCUACUCCUCCUCCAACACCCACAAUUGUUUUGAACCCUCAAAGUCUUCAAGCUUUUGGCAGAAGUUUGGAAAUAAGAAUAGAACUUGAUGAUGAACCUAAGAAACCUCCAUCAAGAAAAGGAUAUGUUCCAGUAGAAGAAAAAAUUCAGAAAGAGUUGAAUGAAAUGAAAGAACGUGAGAAUGAAUUAAGAUUAAUGAGGUCGAGGAUGUUAGCUAAAUCUCAACCGAAUCUAGUUGAUAUUGGAAACGAUAAUGACUCAGAUAUUUACGAUGGCUCGAGUUCAUUAAGAAGUGGAACAUCAUCGAACACGUUAAAUGAUGAUGAAUCUGACAAAGAAUAUCGUGGAAAACAUAAACCAAAUCCAAGACGUCGAAGUACAUUAAUUGCUCAAUGGGAAAAUCUCAUCGCUGCAAAUAAAGAAUCAGUGGAAAAUGGUCAUGAAAAUGAAAAUAAAGUUUAAAUUCAAUUUUUAUGUAUGUAAAAAACUAGUUAGACUAGUUUUUAAAAGAAUGUUUAAUUUCUUAUCAAAAAGGAAUUAUGUUCAGUAUUAAAAUUUUAAGAAUUUUUAUGAAAUAUCCGAAGUUGAAGAUACAUAGUUAUCUUGAAAAGAAAAAAUAAGCAUUAAUAAUAAUUAAUAGCUAAAGGCUCAGUACUUGACUGUCAAGAAUAUUUUAGUACAUUUAUGAUUGAUAUAUUAAGUCAAGAUAAUUUUUUAAGAAUAUUGGUAUAUAGAUGAGAGGGUGAAUUUAUAAUCAAAAGUUAUGUGCAAUCAUUGUGCGAUAUUUUCUGUUAUUUUAAUAUAAAUUAGAUUAAUGAGAAUUUUUCAAUAGAAUAAACUAGAUAUAUAUUAUUUAUGCCUAGUAAAUUAAAUACUUACUGUUACAAUUAUUUAAUGAAAGAAGCAUUUAUUGUUUCCUAUAAACAUGUU